AUGUUUGCGUUCACUACCGCCAUAGGUCCAAACGUUGCCUUCUUCGCCGUGAACGCGGAAUUUCAGCAAGACGACGUACGCUUUUCAACGAUAUUCUCUCAUAUUACAGCCAAAGAACGCAACCUGGGGUCUCACUACCUCGUUCAAGAGGAGCCGAAGGGCAUCAAGGGGAGGCUAGUGGAUUUACGAAACCUUGGGGAUGGCUCUUACCGAGAUUGUCUUGGCUCCUUCCUGGAUUUUCACCCAACACGACCCAACACGUACGCUCUUUUUCCUUGGGUUGGUGAACGAGUGCUGGCACCUGGAACAUCAACUGGUAGCACUGCAACGACAUUCGCGGGCAUGAACCACGUCGACGCGCAUCUUCAUGACAACUUGGGAUUAUUGUCCUCCAGCAGUACAGCCAAAGAACGCAACCUGGGGUCUCACUACCUCGUUCAAGAGAAGCCGAAGGGCAUCAAGGGGAGGCUAGUGGAUUUACGAAACCUUGGGGAUGGCUCUUACCGAGAUUGUCACUAUUGCUAUUCUGUGGAAGAGUGCGGGGAGCCUCUCACGACUGUGAUGAAUGUCAACCCUUUACUACAGCGGAUGCGAAGUUCCCUCGGCACAGGGAAUCACCCGUUUCGCGGAACGUCCGAGCUGGGGCCUACAUCUUGCAGAAUCCCUCAGGGAAAGGUCGACAUGAGCCUCGUCAUCUACAAUCGAUGCUCGUCUUUUGAGAAAUGCCAACGCCAACGCGACUCAUCUCGUCGCGAAGCGCAUUCUCCAUUUCGAUGCCUCGGAGGAACGGGAACGGGGCGACCUCACAAUACGUUCAACCGGUUUGCUUUGAAAGUCUUGGCUCCCAUCUGGAUUUUCACCCAACACGACCCAACACGCACGCUCUUUUUUACUGGCACUGCAACGACAUUUGCGGGCGUGAACCAUGUCGACGCGCAUUUUCAUGACAACUUGGGAUUAUUGUCCUCCAGAAGCACGUUCGCAACCGGGGCUUCGAUUUCAUAUCUAGGGGUGGCACCGCACAAAUUUCUAACAUGCCCUUACAAAGUUGUGGAGACCGGAGGAGGAGCACACAUGGCUCCGCAGCUCGACACUAUUUCUUUCAAAUGUGACCCGCUCCUCUCCCCGCAACGUAGCCUGGCCAACAGUGAUACCGUCACAUCCUCUGACAGUCACACCGAGCGCCUUAUCAGACAAACGAGGCUAAAAUUUCUAUUUCAGUCAGUCUUCACCCAUGCCUGCCGUGUAAAGCGUGUUCCGAGCGCUAAACACCUCCCUUUCAUUAAAACCACCAUGUCUACCGCGAAGGGUAGCUCAACGGGAAGCCCCAGCAUUGAGAUUACAGAAAUCUGCGUUGAAUCCCAGCACAUCCUCAAAUCGAUCCAACUUUCGAUUGGAUCGUUCGAGCGGGAAUCACCUUGUCUCCUGAAUGCAACGACCCACAACUUUGAGUUGUCAUCCCCCUGUCAACUUUCGCCUUCAGAGUCCCUCUAUCUGCAAGUCCGAUUCCGCGGAUUGUUUCGUGCUGCGUCGAAGAGCAAGAUACCUCUUGAUGAACUGCUAAAAUGGUCAAAAUCAUUUGACAAGUUCGAUGUCGUCCUGAAGUUUAGCCGAUACGCAGGGGUGCUAUCGAUCUUAGAAUGCUUUAACCAAGGCAGAACCUCCGACGAGGGCAACCUACAACCCACAACGGAUGAGUUAUUCAAGUUGGUCGAACGGUUCCGAGUCCUGGUCAUCGGCAAAGUAGCUCUCUUAUACCUCUAUUCUCAGGUAUUAGCUCACAGUUUGUUUUUACAGAGUGGUGUAGGGAAAUCUUCCCUUAUCAACGAAUGCUUCGGCGUCAAGGAUGCUACCGUGGCUCAUUCAGAAGCUGGCGUGUCGGAUAUCAAUGCUGAGAUUAUAGCCAGCGAAAACAGAAGAUUUGUUCUGCACGACAGUCAGGGGUUCGAGCAUGGAGAGGGUGAAAACUUUCAGAAAGUGGUCGAUUUUUUGAAAGCUCGUUCUUGGUGUUCUCUGAUCAACGAUGGCUCACUGUUUGAUUUAGUUCCUGUGAUCACCGUUUUUACCAAAUAUGAUAAGUUGGUAGAGCAGGUUGAAUAUGGUAACAAUCUAGAGUUCCACAAACGCAACAAACAUUUGGAUCGGGAAACCCGAAAUGCACGUCUUGCUGAGGAGACAGCAGCACAGUUCCAAGAAUUGUGUGUUGGUCCCUUCGAAAAGGUCGUCGGCAUAGACAUUCCGCACAUUGCCGUCUCAACCAAUGAAGAAUACAAGGAUACCAGAAAGAUGUUGAAUGAGCUUGUCCGUCUCACUGCUGACUGUGUUAAAAACACCCUGGCAGUUGACGUUGCCGAAGAUGUUGCGCUGGUCUCCGCCAUCGCCCAACGCGUGAAUCCAGCUGUAAAGAUCGAUGCGGUGAUUGCGGUUGGGAAGAAGCGUAUGAAUCUUUCGGUUCUACAUACUGAUAUCGUUGAAGUGUGGAACAUUCAAGAUGGUUGCGGGUAUCUGGAAAGCAAGGAACUGAAAAAGCUAAUGAUCGAACUUGUUGGGAAUCAAUAUGACGAGCUGUCAGAUCCCAACACCAUAUUUCCCCGUGCUUAUUCACUGCUUGGUGGCUUGACUGCGUUAAUUGGGGGUUUAACUUCACCUGCUGCUCCCAUUGUGAUUCCUAUUGUUGCGUCUCUCUUUCUGGCAAAAUGGAUUUUCGAUGUGUACAAGCAAUCGGGACUCAUGCUGCAACGUUUAAUGGCAUACAUCGUUGACUUCACAAUUAUUAUGCAAAUAAUUUUUGGCCUCCUGGUGAAUGCCCGUCUACACCUUUCCCGCCGCUUGAUCAAGCUCGCCUUUAAGGCCUACAGCAUUUCAGACGAAAGGAGCAAAGUUCACAAGGAGAUUAAGGAACAUGUGAAGCUGGCAGGCCGCCUUGACCGGGAUGCAGCUCUAGCGAAGAUCAUCCAAUUGAUCAAGGAGUAUCAGAUGAAACCCGAGAGUAUGGAGAAGCUACAAAGUGCAGUUAAGGCCUUCGAGAACAAUGAGGACGAGGAUUGGGGCGUAGGCAAAGCGUGA